AUGGCAUACGUUGCCGGUGUCCGGUGGUUCUACCUUGGCUUAUUCCUGCGAUUGCUGCUGCUUGCUCAUCUCUCGGCCGCUACUUCGGUGAAUGUAACCAUAGACGAUACAUACGGAGACGAAAAGACCGGUGGCAAGCCGAAUUGGGUAGUCGGAUGGGAAUUCCAGAGCUCGAAUUGCCAGAAUCCCGGCCAGAACCCCAUCCUGACCACCACCUGUCUGCAAGGCGUUGACCCAUCACUCGCCUACAACCAGACCUGGACGGGUAUGACUAUCAAUCAAACCACAAGUGUACUUGGUGGUGGGACCCAGCUCAACCUCACGUUCGAUGCGAUGAAUGACUUCUCGGAGAACACGUUUGGGAUCUCGUACAGCUUGGACGGAGAGCAGCCCAUGCUUCAGGCAUACGGAAAAGGGCCCCAUACACAGUAUAAUCAACUGGCGUACUCUCGGGAAGGUCUCUCUCCAUCCACCCAUGUGCUAGGCCUGACGAUCGGGGACCCUGGCUUACCCCAAAUGUUUUUCGACUACGCGGUUUACACGUGCGCCUGUCUGUUUGCCCUGAGGUCGACGGUCCCCUGA